AUGGCACUGGCAUGCCCUCCCCAAUUAUUCUAUAAUGUUCCUGCCAGUGACCCCCUUGCACAGAGUUUAGACUUUUUUGUGCAUGUUGUUGAGCCUAUUAAAGAUGCCUUGGGUGUCGCCUGGUGUACAGGAUCUGGUUAUGUCGUCCGUCGCGAAGCCCUAGAAGAUAUCGGCAAAUUUCCUCUUGGUUCAUUGGCCGAAGAUGUGGCAACAUCGACUCUGAUGCUUGGCAAAGGAUGGAAAACAGCUUAUAUACAUGAGCAGCUACAAUUUGGAACUAUUCCAGAAGAUUUUGGUGGCCAUCUCAAGCAACGCACUCGAUGGGCUAUUGGUACUGUUGAUACUGCUUUUAAGCUCAAGUUCUGCGUGUGGGGUGACGCUGUGCGCCAAAUGACCUUUGCGCAGCGCUUUUCUGGCUUCCUUUAUGCUAUUUUGAGUCUCUACACCCUUGUAUUGACUCUUUCCUUAUUUGCAGUUCCCGUGAUCCUAUUAUGGGGCAAACAGCUUGUUGCUUAUGCUACCGAGGAGGAGCUCCGCUGGCUUAUUUGGGCUUGCUUCGCCUCAACAGUAGCGAACCGAUUUUGCGAAUUUACACUUUACACUCCAUCUGGAUACCAUACAGGUCAAAGAGGAUCACGAUUCCAGCUGUGGAUGUCGCCCUAUAUUGCACUAUGCAUCAUUCGUUCAUUUAUGCUUCCUACCUGGCUAGGCGGCCAAGCCCAAGCGUUCAAGCCUACAGGCUCUCUUGGGUCUGCUCUGAAUGAGCGAGAUCCGGCGAACAGAAAAAAUAUGUUCGUUCGCCUGAAGGUUAUUCUGUUCAACUAUAUGGCUCUAUUUCAUUUUGUGUUUGUUUAUGCAACCCUUUGUGCGGUGGCUCUUUCUACUUACCGUUGCUUUGCCUCCGAGACUGGAUUCAAAGCUGUAGUAUCUUGCCUUAUUACACACGCAUUUUGGCCACCGUCCGUUUUCCUAUUCAUUUGCACCUCCUUGUGGACGCCAAUCUCUUAUGCUAUUGACCCCCCAUCCGUGCCGGACAGAGAAGAAUUGCUGAACCGUGAUUCGAAGACUGCGAUUGCCCACCCAACUCAGAAGAGCAAGGAGAUUGCAUUCGGCGGCCAGGCAGCAUGGUUUGAGCUUGAGCAUAGCGUCUCGACAAUCGCAACAAUAUUGGUGUUUUGUUUUUCGUUUUUUAUAUAA